CUCUCAAAUCCUGACGGAAAUCCCUAAGCCAAAAAUUUCCGCUCCCUAAAAUCGUCGUGGCGUCGUCAAUCUCAUCACUGAACUCGUCGCCGUUUCAUCUUGGAUCUCAUCUCCAAUCUCCUCUCCGAUAUUAUCUUCGUCGUCGAGCUACUCUCGUUGCUUUUUCCACCGAGGGCGAGCACUGAAUCACAAUGGUAGGGAGUUUUCUAGGGUUUUCUCGACACAUCUUUUCUCACGGUCUCUUAUCAAAUCAGGUGGUUAGAUCUUUCCUAGUGAAGAUCGAGGAUAGAAUUUGAUUUCAGGUAGACUUUUGUGUUUCUAAUCUCUUACUUCACUUUUUUGGCAUUGAAUUGUUCGAUUCCGAGCUCGACUGUGCUCCUACUUAGCUUUUGAAUGUUGAUGCGGUGACUGAAAACCCUAGCAGUCGUUUUGUUUUUGAGCCCCAAAUCUCCUACUUAGUGUAAAUUUGAUGUGGGUAUAUAAGAGUAGUGAUACCCCCCACCCCCCAGGUUUCUUUUUCCCCCGAAAAUGGGUUCAAUUUGAUUUAUGUUGUCCAUCCACAGGUUUGAGGAAGUUGCCUUCAACUUUAAUUGGGGGAAGGAUUCCACUGUCUUGCUGCAUUUACUACGAGCUGGAUAUUAUUUGCAUAAAGAGAAAACGAAGCAAUCCAAUGGAAAUCAGUUGGAUUCUAUUCCAGAGUGUAGAAUAAGGACUAUCAACUUUGAAACUCCCUGUGCUUUUCCGGAAAUCAAUUCAUUCACUUAUGAAACAGCCUCUAAUUAUGACUUGCAAUUGGAAAUUAUUAGCCUUGAUUUCAAGUCUGGGUUAGAGACUCUAAUGAAGGAAAAAACCUAUCAAAGCUAUUUUUCUUGGUACACGAAUUGGCGACCCUAAUGCGGUUGGCCAAGAGUAGUUCUCUCCUAGCUCGCCAGGAUGGCCCCCUUUCAUGAGGGUGAAUCCUAUCUUGGAUUGGUCAUACAGGGAUGUGUGGGCUUUCUUAUUGACCUACAAGGUUCAGUACUGCAGCUUAUAUGACAAGGGGUAUACUUCCAUUGGAAGCAUACACGCCACCAUCCCAUCAAUGAAAUAAUGUCAUGAAGCAAGAAAGACAUGGAUAAUAGCUGCUUUCAAGGGAAAUAAUUUAGGAAUGACGGACACAAGGGGCAGAUUUCAUCAGAAAAGUGUUGAUAAGGAUGAGGUGCGGCUACGUCGGACAAUUGGUCUGAAAAAGGAUGAAUAUUUUUUGAAUGCGAAGCAUGUCACCAAAACAGAAGUUAUGAACUUGCUGGAAAGUGCUGGUUUCUCUCGGUCCAAUCCUUACUUUGUUGUUCAGCAAGGGAAGAUAGCAUCUCUGACCUUAAUGAAAGAUUCUGAAUGUCUUGAUCUGCUGAAGGAGAUUAGUGGGACACAUGUUUAUGAGGAGAGACGGUGUGAGAGCUUGAAGAUAAUGCAAGAAACUGAAGGUUGUUUGAGCCACCGGAGGUUGAAAGGAGAUAAAGUUCUCUUGGUUCAGAGAUGGAAGAGUUUGCAUGGCAAACUCUGGCUGGCCUUAAUCCCCUUAGCAUUCAGUUGGUUACUGGUGAUAGGGAAAAUUUGCAUAGCAAAGCCAUGCCGCGUUGGAGCCCCCCUUCCCACCAACUCAUUUUCUGCCUCCCUAUUUCCUCUGAUGCUGAUUGAAAUCCUAUGAUAGUUCUUGGUUGAUCUAUGGAGGUUUAAAUUUUGGGUGAUUUAUCCGUCGAUCCCCAUUACGAUUUGUGAAACUUGCUUUAGACCCCUAAUAGUUGGUCGAUCUCUAGAUCUUGGUGACUCUCUGCGGUGAUUCUCUAUUUUCACAUUGCUAAAAGGAAAUUAAUCUGUUUAUUCUGUGUUUAUUCUGCGACGAUUCUCUAUUUUCCACAUUGCUAAGUAAUCUGUUUAUUUUGCAGUUACUCUAUAGAUCUCGGUGAUUUCCAUUACGAUUGUUUUUCACACUGUUCGAUUUUUUUCAAACUGCAAGUUAUAUUCUGGAUGUUUUUUGGUGAUAAAUCUGCUGAUAUUUGAUAGGCUGACUUGCUAUUUGAUAGACUGCAUGUUUAAAAAAUUGUUUGAGGCUAAUAUAUAUUUUAUGUUGUAUGUUUUCAGGCUGCAUGUUAAAAAGACUUAUGUAUGUUCAGUUCAUACUUGUGUUGUUGCUAUUUGAUUGACUGUCUUGGAGUAAGUUUGAUUAUUGGUCAAGCAUAUAGUUUUGACAUGACUGUAAAAUGACUAGUUAAUUGUUACUUUGUUGUUGACGAUUGAGAAUGUAAAAUGACCAAGUACGGUUUUACCAAGUGUAUUUGCAGAUAAAUAGCUAGCAUGCUCAUGUAAUCUAUAUCAAGUUUGUAUAAGAUGUUGGCAAAUUAUCUCUGUUUCAUUUUGAUGUC